AUGGCCGAGCAUGGUUUUGAUGGACAUGAUGAAGGAUAUGUGCCCGAGGACCCUAGUUUUCCCCAAAAUCAUUCUGAUGAACACGAUGUAGGGACUGUGAUUGAUAGCUCUGGAUUUCCUCAUCUGCUGCCUGAUGAACAUGAUGCAGUCAAUUUGGUCGAGGAUGCCAAUUUUCCUGAAAAUCAUUUUGUUGAACACGAACAUGAUCAUGAACAUGAUGUUGGAGGUUUGCCUGGGGACACGGAUUCUCCACAGCAGGAGCAUGUUGAGGAAGACCAUGGUGCUGUGUAUGUCACUGAGAAUUUUGAUUCGUCGCCGGUACAGGGAUCCGACGAUGUUUUGAAAGGAAAUGAAAUAAAAAAGUGGCCGGGGUGGCCAGGAGAGAAUGUCUUCAGGAUGUUGGUUCCAGUGCAAAAGGUUGGCAGUAUUAUCGGACGAAAGGGUGAGUUUAUAAAGAAAAUUACAGAAGAGACUAAGGCGCGAAUUAAAAUUCUUGAUGGUCCACCUGGAAUCUCAGAAAGAGCAGUAAUGGUUUCUGCCAAAGAAGAGCCGGAUCGGCCCAUACCACCUGCUGUUGAUGGUUUGCUAAGGGUUCAUAAGCAAGUUAUCAAUGUUGAUCGUGACCUUGCAGAUAGUGCAUUGGCUGCUGGACGAUCAGUAGUUACUAGGCUUCUAGUGGCAGAUACUCAAGCAGGAAGCUUGAUUGGGAAGCAGGGAUCAACUAUAAAAUCCAUUCAAGAUGGUUCUGGUUGCACCAUACGUGUUCUGGGAUCAGAACACCUGCCAGUAUUUGCUCUGCGAGAUGAUAGUAUUGUUGAAAUACAAGGGGAUUCUACUGGUGUUCACAAGGCAGUUGAACUUAUUGCAGUUCAUUUACGCAAGUUCUUGGUUGACCGCAGCAUAGUUGGAGUUUUUGAAACACAGAUGCAAACGUCAGAUGUUAGAGCUAACCAGAAUGGGCCGCCACAUCAAAGUUGGGUUCCUCCUCAAGGGUUUCCUGCUCCUGCUGGAAGUGGUGGUGGAGGACCUGCUUUUGCACCCAAUCAUCAAUAUAUGCCACCUACACAUCACUAUGAUAGUUAUUACCCACCCACUGAGUUGCCUCCCAUGGAUAAGAAUCUUCAUCAAGGUCCACCCCCUGCCUAUGCAAGGGAUGCUUCUAUGGGAAUUCAUUCAUCAAGUGUACAACCACAUCAAUCUCUUGUAACUAAGGUCACGCAGCACAUGCAAAUUCCUCUUUCAUAUGCAGAUGCUGUUAUAGGAGCAUCAGGAACUAAUAUCAGCUAUAUUCGUCGUGCUAGUGGGGCAAGUAUUACAAUUCAGGAAACCAGGGGUGUGCCAGGGGAGAUGACUGUCGAGAUGAGUGGGACUUCUUCUCAAAUACAGGCAGCCCAACAGCUGGUUCAGAAUUUCAUGGCUGAAGCUGCAAAUGCGACGCAGGAUCCAAUGGGGGGUUCAGGUAGCCAAGGUUACAGUACCUAUCCAACUAAUGCUCCGGUUUAUGCAUCUCCACCCUCCAGCACUGGAGCUCAUACAGGCCACGUGCCUUCAGCAGAUUAUGGGCCCGUUUAUGGCACCAAUUAUGGGUAUUAA